AUGAUAAUCCCGAACUCCCGGGACCGUCACCAGAGGGAACCUUAUGGAGUGCACCCCACCUUAUUCUCAGACCCGUCCAGUUUAUGCAUUCGCAAAAAAAAAAUAGCAGUUCUAAAUAUACUUUGUUUUUCUCUCCCAGAUUCUUCUGCGAAGGCCCUUGUUAGUCUAAAAGAAGGAAGUUUAUCGCACACGUGGAAUGAAAAAUACAGCUCGCCACAGAAAACUCCCACCUGGAAAGGAGGAAACAGCCCUACUGUUGAUGUACCCCAUAGGAGCUCCAAACGAAGCCGGCUUAUCUGUGAGGAAGAGGAACGCCAGAUAAACACCAGAUCACCAAAAAGAAACCAGAAAACAGCCAUUGUGCCACAGAAGUUUACAUCUACCACAACUACGCCGGUGAAAAAAGCAUCUCAGAAAAUCGGCUACAGGCUUCGAAACCUACUGAAACUACCCAAAGCACAUAAAUGGUGUAUAUACGAAUGGUUUUAUUCCAAUAUUGACAAGCCUCUCUUUGAAGGUGAUAAUGAUUUCUGUGUUUGCCUGAAAGAGUCUUUUCCAAAUCUCAAGACAAGGAAACUAACCAGAGUGGAAUGGGGCAAAAUCAGACGGCUUAUGGGGAAGCCACGAAGAUGUUCUGCGGCGUUCUUUGAAGAAGAGCGAUCGGCUCUGGAACAGAAACGACAGAAAAUCCGACUCUUACAGCAGAGGAAGGUGGCAGAUGUCUCUCAGUUCAAGGAUCUGCCAGAUGAAAUCCCCCUUUCCCUGGUCAUCGGAACUAAAGUUACAGCUCGGUUACGAGGUAUACACGAUGGCCUGUUCACUGGUCAGAUCGAUGCUGUAGACACCCAGAAUUCCACUUACAGGGUCACAUUUGAUAGAAAUGGACUUGGCACCCACACGAUCCCAGACUAUGAAGUCCUGAGCAAUGAGCCACAUGAAACAAUGCCCAUCGCUUCCUUUGGACAAAAACAGCGGCCUUCCCGUAUGUUCAUGACUCCUCCACGGUUACAAUACCCUCCCCCUGCCCAAUCACCCAUUAUGGAAGGUGAUGCCCUGCUGGCACAAUCUCCCUGGAAAAGUAAAUCAUCCAGCACGGACAAUAACACAAUAGGGGGUUUUCCAGUGGAAUUCCUUGUUCAGGUGACAAGGUUAUCGAAGAUCCUUAUGAUCAAGAAAGAACACAUCAGACAACUAAAAGACAUGAACACAGAAGCGGAAAAACUAAAAUCAUAUUCUGCUCCUAUUGGUAUCGACUUUCAGAGGAGAUAUGCAACCCUUGUUCUGGAACUGGAACAGCUUAAUAAGGAUCUUAAUAAGGUUCUUCAUAAGGUUCAGCAGUACUGCUAUGAGCUUGCUCCAGAUCAGGGACUUCAACCUGCAAACCAGCCAACAGAUAUGAGGCGGCGCUGUGAGGAAGAAGCCCAGGAGAUGGUUCGCCAAGCAAACACCUCAAAUGGCCAGCCGUGUGUACAGAACGAGAGCCUGACAGACCUCAUAUCCCGUCUUACCGCUAUCCUCCUACAGAUAAAAUGUCUGGCGGAAGGAGGGGACCUGAAUUCUUUUGAAUUCAAAUCUUUAACAGAUUCCAUCAACGAUAUAAAGAGUUCAAUAAACCCCUCAAAUAUCAGCUGUUUUCAGAAUAAUGUGGAGAUCCACGUAGCACACAUCCAGAGCGGCCUGAGUCAAAUGGGAAACCUCCACGCCUUUUCAGCCAAUAACACCAACAGGGACUGACAUUCUGGCGCACUUGUCUAUAGAAGAAACACGGACUCUUCUUUGUAUUACAAAAUGAACCAGCAUUACAAACUUGACAUAUUUUAUUUACUUUGUCCUAUGGAUACACACGGCAAAGAAUAGCUGGAACUGAGUUUUCAGUCUGCUUCCCACCUAGUCUACAGAUAUUGUGGAAAGAGCACCCUCCGUUGUUUCCUUUCUCCAUUGUCCAUUUGUUCCUCGUCAUCCCUCCUCACUGUCCUGCGUGCCUCGUGGUGAUGUCGUUAGUCAUCGGCUGCAUUAUUUGCUUUCACUACAU